AUGGACACCCAGGCGGAUCACACCUUCUUCGGGGACUUCGCCGAGGGGGAUUCCUUCUUCCUGCCGGCCAGCCAGCUCCCCUCGGCCACGUACGGGACACAGGCCACCCAGGCCACCCCACGGCCAUGGCCUUCGGAGAGGGUCGCCAGCGUCGACACCGCCGAGGCCGCCUUCCUGGCCAGUCUGGACCGGUCGUCCCAGCACUUUGCCAGCCAGAGGUCCCCCGGCGGGGGGUCUGCCUUUUCACAAUCCUCCCAGGCGGCCAUCAGCUCCUGGUCCUACAGCACGCAAAUCCAAUCCAGCCAGCUGGAUCUCGCCGGGCGCCUGGUGCCGGUGGGCCUUCCCCCGGGGGCGGCGGAUGCCCUGGCUGCCGAAGUGGCCGUCGCACGGGCCUUCGCCCCGGGGCCGGCGAGCCCGGCCGAUGGUCUUUCACGGCGACUGGACGCCAUGCUGCGCGAGGCUUCGACCCCCGGGGCGUCGGCCGGCCGGCGCGAGGACACCAUGCUGGGGUGGCUGUGCAUCGCGCGCGAUGUGUGGGAGCGCCGGCUGGCCGAGCACCGGCUGGCCGUGAUGGCCGCCCACCGGUCGUCCUCCGACGACUCUUCCCCGUCCGAGGACGAUGACGCUGCCACCGCUGCCACCGAUGGUGAGGACGGGCAUGCGGAGGCCGGGGCGCGUGGCGAUGUCCCCGACGGUCUGUCGGGGUCCGGAUCCCCGGGUCUCGAGACCGAGCCCGAGCAUUGGAGCGACCGACAGUCGAUGCCGAGCCGCGAGUCGCCGGGCUCCUCGGACCCCGGGACUCCGGCCUCCGGCGAUGGGUCCGGCGGCUUCGCGGUCCCCGGCGCUCGGGCCGCCGCGACCGAGGUCGACCAUACGUCGGCCCUGCUGGCGGACUUGGCCUCGGCCGUGGCCGCCAUGUCGAUCGAGCGCCUGUCGGAUGCGGUGGGAUGGAUCCGCUCGCGUGCCGGGGUUCUUCUCCAUUCGACCAGUGACACCUCGGACCCGGGGCACCCGAAUGCCCUGACUCUGGCCUCGGCGACCAUGUCGCUCUUUGAGCUGGCGAUUCGCAUUGUCCCUCCGAAGGUCCUGCUCGCGAAUGCGCAGCUCCUGUUUCACAGCUUUGCCCGGGCACGUCCGCGGGACUUGAGCAAGCUCGGCCCCUCGGGCGAGGCCCUCACCCUGCUGCCCUCGCUGCUGGGCUGUCUGGCGGAAAUGCCACGGCCGGACCCGGCCGCCCAGGCCAACGCCUCCGGCGAUGCCAGUGCCCCGGAAUUGUGGCUGACAGUCCGCCGGUCGACGGGCGACGAGCUGAUGACCGGGCCCGAGUGCGUGGCCUUCCUUGUGGGCAAGCUGGCCUCCUUCUCCUGGCCAACGCAUCUGAUUGUUCCCAUGGCCUCGCUUUUGCGGAAAUUCCCCCCGGUGCCGGGUUCCGUGCUGGCCGGCGCCCUGCACGCGGACCCGGCCUUCGAGUCCUGGCGCGAGGCAUUCCACGGGUCGGCGAUGGACACCGGCACGGGCGCCACCGCGGUGGCGCCCGUGCCGGCCUCUGUGGACCUGGUUCUUUGCCUUUUGUGGCAGCUACGCCGGUGUGAGGCCGCCGACAUCGGGGCCCUGUUGCAGGCGAUCUUGACCUUCGCCCAGGAGGGCCUCGAGGCGUGUGACGCGGAGGCGGCGGCCCCGGCCGCAGGCGCAGCCGAUAUGCCGGCCACCCGGCGGCGUGCCCGAGCAGCCGGCGACCUGGCGGAUCCCGGCCCGGCCAAGCGUCGGCCAGCCGCCUCGCAAGCCCGUACACAGGCUCGGUCGCAGGCUCGGUCGCAGGCUCGGUCCCAAGGUCGCACCCAGACACCGGCGCCGGGGGCUGCUGUGGCCGACUCGGCCCCGGCCCCGGCCCCGACGGCUGCACCUCCUCCUUCCAGGCCCGGCGCCGUCCUGCUGCCGAGCGAGCCACUUGCCCGGAUGAUCCUCGCUCUGGUGGUGGAUCACUUCGAGCUGACCGACCACCUGUACGGGGUGCUGGCCUGCCGGGCCACCGAGCCGGAGUCGCUCGCGCCCCUCCUGCCCCUGGUGCGCCGGUCGAGCGCCGAGCAGUAUCCGUCCAUCCGGCGGGCCGUGGCUCAGCACCUGUUUGCCGCGUUGCGCACCUUCCCAACCCUUCGCCGUCGCCUGGCACAGCUCCUGGUGAGGCGCUUCCACCGAACGGCGGGUCCCCGCCCGUCGGCCGGCCUGUGGCCCGAGGACCUUCCCCCACCUCCCCCCCUGGGCCCCUUCGCCGCCGUGGCUCUGCUGCAGUGCGCCGAAAUUGAGGGGCUCAUGCAGCCGGGGGCCCCGGGGGCCCCGAAGCCCGGGCCCCGGCGCGCCCCGGAGCCGGGCUUUGACUUUCGCCAGCUGGCCGACCUGCUUUCCUCGUGGCACCAGCGAGGGGUGGUGGCGGCCCGGUUGCGGGCCUUUUCCGGCAUCGGCGCCGAGGGGGUUCCCCCUGCUGGGCCCGGCGGCCCGGAAACGACCAUCCUCUGGCUGGCCCUCUUCGCGGACAUGCCCCCUUGGGAGGAGCUCUCUGCGGCCCGGGCCACGCCCGGCCUGGCGAACGCCGCGAGCGCCAGCUCGGCUCGCCUGAAACAUGGGUACUUUUCGUGUGCCGGAUGGGCGGUCCGCGCGGGGCCGGCCCUCCUCCAGCUGGCCCUGGAGGCGGCGCUCAGUGUCUCCUCUCCGCUGGCCGGGCCGCUCUUUGCCGGGGGCCCGGACACCGCGCCCGCCGGGCUCGGCCUGCGGCCCCGGGACUUCUGGCACAUCUCCGCGCCCCCGAGCCCCGGGACGCCGAUCGAGCGCAUCCUCGGCCACUUUGCCUCGGUCCUGGUGACGACGGUGCUCUGCCCCCUGGCGGCCUUCUGGUGGGCCGCCGGGGCCGACCUGCCGGGCCCGGACCACCACGGGCAGGUGCCCUUCCAUGUGGCGGUCCACCGGCUGGCCACCGGCGCCCCGGGGUCCGGUGGGCCUCGCCCGGCGGAGGCCCUGCCGCUGGCCAGCCUCCGGCAACUCCGCCAGGGCCCGACUGCUGAGCGUGCCUGGCUGGCGGUCCUGGCCCGAGCUGACCGGCACCUUUUCCGCCGGCCGGUCGGCCUGGCGGCAUUGGCCUGGUCCACCGGGUCGCCGGGGGACCUGGAGCCCACGAGCGGCGCCCUGGAUCACGCCCUCUGGCUGGGCCACUGGCUCCUGGGGGCCCUGGAGGCCGGGGCCUGUGCCGGGCUGCUGGCGGCCGAUUGCGCGGUGCUCUGUCCCGACGAGGGCCCGGGCGACCCGGGCUGCCUGUUGCACAUGCUGCUCGAUGGCUAUGCCCAGCACCAUGCCUUCAUGGAUCCCGCCCUGUCGGGGCGGGUCUUCCGGCUGCUGGGCUCCGAGCUGCUGGCUGACCGGCCACGGGUGGCCGACUUCCGCUUUCUCUUUGCCUCGCCGCUUCCUCUGGGCCCUGGUGGCCGGGAGCUGGCGACCGGGCCCCAGGCCCCGGCCGCUCGGCUACUUGCUGCCCUGCACCAGGACCUCUUUUCCGACUUCCUCGCUCGACGUCUGGCCGGGGUGGAUGGCCUCCUGUGCCUGUUGCGGCUGUAUGGCGCGCCGGCCGGCGAGGACGCCGGCACUCUGAUCGGCCUCCUGCUCGGGGUGCUGGACCGCCCGGCGCCGGAGCUCAGCUGCGCCCGGCUCCAUGCCCCGGUCAGCCACGGGCCCAAUGCGAAUGUCGUGCGGACGGCCCUCCGCGGGCACAUUUUCGCCGGCCUGGCCGCCAUGAUGGCCGACUGUCCUGGCCUGGGGCCCCUCCUGCAGCCGAGCAUCUUCCCCUUGAUCGAGCGGUAUUUGGCCCCGGCCCCGACGAUGAUGAUGUCCUCGGCCGAGUUCCUGGAGAUGAUUGGCGCCGGCCUGGCCGGCGAGAUGCAGCUGGACGCCGCGCUGGACCCAUGUCCCAAGACCGAGGCCUUUGCCGUGGAGCUGGUCUCCGGGGCAGUCAUGCGUCCGCAUGUGGCCCGCCAUGUGCCGCGAUCGGCCUCCGGGGUGGCUCUCCCCUGGGCCGGCGGGGUGGCCGGCCUCGGGGAGGCCUUCCUGCACCCGGGCGAUCCGGCGGCCCUCGGGGCACGCCAGGCGGCCCUCUCGCGUGCGGCGCGACUGCUGGUGCGGGAGGCCCUGCCGGAGCUGCUGCACCUGGUGGUGGAGCUCCUGGCCACCGGGGCCCGGGGGAGCGGCGCGUCCGGCGUGCCGGUGGUCGCGCCGGUGGAUCCGGCUCACGAGAAUUACGGCUGGGUCCCGGCCGCGGUGACCGGGGCCACCUUGGUGACCGGGCGCAAGCCCGGCGCGGCUGCCCCACCAAGCGCCGAGGGGGGCUCGGCGGCCGAGCGCCUGGGCGCCGCCGUCCGGUGGGACGACUUCGGCCUGGCGCUGAUGCAUGCGCGGCUGCUGGGGGCCAUGCGGGCCGUGGCACGCGGCGGCCCGACGGCCUUCCGGCUGUCGGCCUCGGCCGGGGAUUACCGGCCGAUGGGGGCCUGCGAGGGGGCCGGGCCCGGCCCCGGGGUCGGGCCCGGCGGGCCGUCGCUGCCGACCGGGACGCUGGCCCGCGAGCCGAUCGACCCGGUGCGCGCCGUGGCUCGGAGCCGGCUGUUCCUCGGUGCCGGGGCCGCAUUGCAGGGGCUGCUGCUUCGGGGGCUUGGCCGGCCGGUGCUCCGGGCACGGGGGGACCCGCGCGCGCGUGAUGUCCCCCCGGCCGUCGGCCAGGCCGGCUCGGGGCCCGUGUGCUCGCUGCUGGCGGCCGAUGGGCGCCUGCUGCUGUCACUGCGCCGGCGCCUGGACCACCAGGCCGGCGUGACCCUGGCCGGGCUCGGGGCCGGCGGGCAGACGGCCGCCGCGGCCGCGCACUCCCUCCGGCAUGUGGACCAGCCGCUGGUUGGCCCGAGCUACCUGCUGUUGGUGGACCAUGCGGUGUCGGUGGCCGCCGGGACCGGGGACACGCCCAGCCCGGCGGGGCUGGCCCACUGGGACCCCGGGGCCUUGGGCGCCGGGGCGCUGGCCCUGGCCGGCCUGUCGGCGCACCAGCCCCUCACCGGCCUGGCCCUGACGCUCAGCCCCCUGGCAUCGAGCAUUCCUCUGGCUCCGGGGGGGGCGUCGCCGGAUGGCGGCCCCUUCUUCGGGGCGGCCGACGCGGCGCAGGUCCUCCAGUGGCUUUUGCCACGGGGGUCGGCUGGCCGACCUGCUGACGAGGACUCGGCGGCUGCCGCGUCGGCGGCCCUGAACCGGCGGAUGCUGGCCAGCGAGGCCUCCUUCGUGCGGUACGUCUGGCUGGCGGCGGCCGGUGGGCUGGCGGUGCAGUAUCGCCGCCGCGGGCCCCUCAUCACGGCGGCCAACCACCAGGCUGUGGGGGCCCUCCUGGAAUCGGCCCUGCUCGGUGUCUUGGCGCCGGCUCGCCCGGCCGAAGGGGACCCCCCCGCGUCCGGGGCCUGGCGCCCGGUCCAGCUGAGCCCCUUUAUGGAGGACGGCCGCGAUCUCACCCGGCGCGAGCGUCAUUUGGCUCCGACUUACGCGGCGUGCGCCGUAUUGACCUUCGGCCUGCGGCUCGUGGAGGCCACCCACGGCCCGGCCGCUGCAACUGGCGUCCUGCUGGACGCCAUGCACCGGGUGGCGGUCUCGGGUGGCUAUGCGCCCGGCCCGAGCGCCUCGGGUGGCCGCCCAUCCAGCUCGGUCCUGGGUGAUGAGAUGCUCUGGGGCACGGAUCUGCUGCUGAAGGCCAUGGAUCGGCUGCUUUUCUCCUGCCGCGUGCCGAUAAAUGCCGUCCCGCUGCUCCGGGCCCCGGUGCUGCCGUAUGUCCGGCGCGGGGCCGGGCCGUCAGCGCGCUCCGGCGACGACUCCCCGAGCGACGAGGACGACGAGGCGAGCCCCAGCCGCGCCGCCCUGCCGAACAGUGCCUUUGCCGCGCCCACCAGCCACACCUAUGCCCAUGGCACCGAGGUGGCGGUCCUCCUGCUCGCCCUGUCGCGAUACAUGGUGCUGCCCUUGGCCCGGUCGGCGGGCCAGCCGGCGGUGGCCUGUCUCUGGCCGCUGUCCGGCCGGUGCCAUUGCCAUUCGGCGGUCGGGCCCGGCGAGUCGGCCGACCGGGCCCUGGACCAGGCCGAGCGGUGGCUGGUCUCGAUUUCCCAGCAGUCCGUGCACUCGCGCAUCUUCGACUCGUCGGCCAUGCUGCUGAAAAGCGCCCUCAGCUGCCUGCUUGACAUGCUCCGAACAUCUGGGCGCCCCUUGGACCCGCUUGUUCGGCUUCUUCCCCACCUGGCUCGGUCGGCCACCGUCGUCCAGGAGUAUGGCCUGCCCGAGGCCGAGCGCCUGGUGGACGAUCUCGGCCUGACCCGGGCAGCGGCACACAUGCUGGUCGAGGGGGGUGUCCUGGCGCGGCCGAGCUCCGGCACAGGCGGGGGCUUUGUGUGGCCGGCGGCGGCCGCGGCGGCGGCGGCCGCGGCGGCCGCGGCGACGGCGGUGUCUGGGGCCGACGCCGCGCAGCUCCCGGCCGGGCUGACCCCGGCCCUGCUGGAUGCGCCGCUGGUCUUUUGGCGGACCACCCCCCCGCCGGUGCUGGCCCCCCCGGCGGUUGCCCUGGCGCACUUUGUCCUGGCGCUGGUGGAUGGCGAGGCCGACCGCGUGGAUGCCCUGCUGGAGGGGGCUCAUGCCCCGCCGCCGGGGGUCACCGGGCUGGCACUGCUGGACACCGUGCUGACCCAUGUCACGCGGCUCUUCCAGGCAUCCCUGUGCCUGGUGGCCGGAGUGGCCGCGUCGGCCUGGCUGACGCCCGGGCGGCUGCUCAUCGCCGCCGGUCUCCAGCUGCGGGCCGCCUCUGGCGGCGGGGGCCCCGAUGACCCGCUCACCUGGGGGUCGGUUGCGCCGCUGCCGGUGGUGCGCGCCUGCACGCGCCUCUUCCGCCUUGCGCUGUCCCUCUUCCGCAAGCUCCAGGAACUCCAUCUGCCCGUGGACAUGAGCCGCCUGCAUGCGCUUGUGCACCUGGUCCAUUCGCCCUUCAUGCGGGCCUUCUUCGACUUCCUUCAGAACUGGCAGCGGCGCAAUGCCGCGGACCUGCGCCUCCGACGGAUGCAGGCCGACCCCGACGAUGCUGGCGAUGCCUCGGGCAAGAGCCGCUCCAAGGGCGGUCCCAAGGCCGGCCGCAAGGGCGGCAAAGCCGCCGCCGGCACCGCUGGCGGGGCCGACUCCGCCCCCGGCGCGGACGCCCUCUCGCGCGCCGUCCCGGCGGCCAUCUAUGCCGCCGAGUCCCUGGAAAAGGAGCUCGCCCAGCUGGCCCGGACCUUCGCCGCGCCGCAGCUCCUGCGCGGAAUCCGCCGCGCGGAAACCCGCGACUUCCAGAUCCAAAUCAACGCCCUCAACACCUAGAGAGCGCCCUCCGCUCCCCCUGCCCUCUCGGCCUGCGGCUGCUUCCAAAUGGUCCCUGGGGCCUGGACCGGCCUGUACAAUAGAUUUCAACCGUUGGCA